AUGGCGGAUAUCAAUAGCACUAGCAGCGAAAGAUAUUCCAGCUUGGAUAGCAUCGCUGUCUCUGAAGAAGAUAUUGCCUUAGGUAGUGCUAGUCUAACUGGUGAUGAUAUCGUUGAAGAACAGGAUGGUAUUCAUGAAAAUUCACUCCAUGACGACAAUAAGGCACAAGAGAGUGUUGAAGAGCAAUCAUGCCAAGUUGAAUUGAAUCUCAGUGAAAAGGGUGAUGAUCUGGACGAAAAUCAACAAUCCAAUCACGAUCUUCCUCCUAGCCCAGUGGAUCAUGAACCCAAAAAUGAUGAUGAUACUGGCGAUCCAGAUAGUAUUGCGUUGGUUAGUUAUACAGUGGAUGAAAGUGGUACAGUUGUUGAAACUCGCGUAAAAGGCCAAGAAAAUAGCCUUACAUCUCCUCCUAUUGUUCCAUAUGAUUUGGUCUAUGUUGAUAAUAGUCAAGGAGAAGAAUUAUCUCAGGAUCAAAUUCCACUUGUCCACUAUGAUGCGAUUGAUACUAAAGUUGUUAGUCAUACCAACGGAACUGCAGAUGUGGAAAACAAUCAAAGUGAAAUUCUGGAUUCUAAUCAAGUUAACGGUCUUCUGCAAGAUAGUGUCGCAGUGGUUAAAAAUUUCAAAGUGAUUUGUAGAAUCACUGUUAGUAGUUCAAGAAAUGAUAGUUUUAAAUGA